AUGAAGACCUUUGUUCCCGCCGCUCUCUGUGCCCUCGUCGCAGUCCAGUGCAUCGACUCGGCCUCGGCCGCCACCACGACCCAAAACCUCCGCGCCACGGGCUGGGGUAACGGUGGCUCUGGCGGCAGCGUCCUCGGUAUCAACCUUGGUGGUGCCAUCAGUAGCCUCGUCCAGAACUGCCUCAACGGCUACGGCCUCUUUGAUGGCGGCAACGGCGGUGCCAAUGCCAACAUCAAUGUGAACCCGAAC